AUGACCAAGCUUAGCCUCAUACACUUGUUGCUGAACGGGGCACUUUUAGCCAUGCCUUACAACUGGGGCAGCAUUGCUUUUGCAGAGAUCCAGGGGAUACAGCCCACCAGCAUCAUACGAAUCGGCCUUCAUCGCGCUUGCAUCGCGCUCAAAGAACACGAAGAAUGCCUGAAUAUGAAUGGCCUGAAUAGAAGUGCGGGCGUCUCCAUAGUGGAUGGCGCGAACGAGAUUUCGCUACGGGUCACGCGAUACUUCGACGUGGUCACAUUGAUUAAAGUUGAUAGCGUAGCAACCCUCUUGCUUGCAGCCUGUGGCUGGAUCGUGAUGCGGUUCCGUCUUCGUAGAGCGAUGGGAUGGUGGAGCCUGGCGACGAUGGUACUUUGUUCCAUUCCCGUCACUCUUAACGCUCUUGCAGUCUCUUCUUACCUCGCGGCGCUCAAAGGCAUCCCCACAAGUAGGGGGAGUUGUCUGGGGAGCAGCGGUGUCAUGAUCAUGGUAGGGUUGAGCUGUUCUAUUAUCGAGGUCAUGAUCGCUGUGGCAACUGUGCUAUGUAAUACCUCCAACUCCGCGGGUAUUCAUCACGACGACCAGGUCGAAGCCUUACAUUUGGACUGCUCUGCGGAGAGAAAUACCAUCCUCCUCGACAAAAAGUCGGAACAUAAUGGCUGA